AUGCCAUUUACGGACGAUGAAGACGUUCCCCGGUCAUUCAAUGGAAGUCUGGACAAAUACAUCCAUUCACCAAAUGGGACCCCCAAUGCGUCUCCAGUGAAGUCUCUAAAACGAAAACUGGACGGCAAAGAGGACGAAGAAAAGGACGAGAAGAAGACCCCAGCACGGGUAUCGCCCCGGAAGACACGCUCGUCGAAAUCGCUGACGCAGUCUACUCUGAUAUCCAGUCCUUCAAGGCAAGGUACACGGUCAGCGCCUCCACAGACUGGUAGGGAUUCCAACAGCGAUGGCACGGAAUCGGGGACAGGAGCAAAUGCGUCGUCCGCCUCGACUCCAUCAAACGGCCCUGUUUCUCGCCUCCGAGACUCUACCCCGGAAAACCUCGUUCUAUUGCUCAUCGGCGUCAACCCGGGAAUCAUGACAGGCCAAACGGGACAUGCAUACGCUCACCCUUCGAACCUUUACUGGCGUCUCCUACACUCAUCAGGGAUAACCAGCUUCCGCCAUCCACCAUCUGAUACAUACAGGAUGCCGGAACUUUACUCUAUCGGCAACACAAACAUCGUGGUUCGUCCUACCCGCGACGCCAGCCAGCUAUCCAAGGCAGAGAUGAACGCAGGAGUCCCUGUGCUAGAGGAAAAAAUUGGACGAUGUCGGCCAGAGGCCGUAUGCUUGGUUGGGAAGGGCAUUUGGGAGGCUGUCUGGAGGGUCAAGCAUGGGAGAAAUAUCAAGAAAGAGGAGUUCAAGUAUGGAUGGCAGGACGAGUCAGAGAACAUGGGGCGUGUUAGACCGGUGCUUGGAGGUAAUAGUGAGGAUUCAUGGUUGGGUGCGAGGGUUUUUGUUGCGACGACAACAAGCGGGUUGGCAGCGUCGAUGAGCUUGCCGGAGAAACAAGCCAUUUGGAACGAGCUGGGUACUUGGGUGAAAGAGCGGAGAGAAGCAAGGGGGUUUGUUUUACCUACCAUGAGCCAGGCGUUAGGGUCUUUGGAUAAUUAG